AUGACACCCUUAACACAUUCAAAGGAAACUCCAUCAACGAGUACGCAGGCGGUGGUUUUCGAGUUCAACAACUUGGAAGAUUUAUAUGGAGUUCUCAACUUAUUGGAGCUCCGACGAGAAUAUCUAUUCUCGGAGAUACGGGCUUUUCAUAACAUACCUGAUAACAAUGAACUUCUCGUAGAUUUUCAAAUGAAAAAUCCUCCACAUAAUCUGGAUAUUGCUUGGGAACGAAGACUGAAACAUCUUUUCCGGUAUAUGUUGGAUCUCGAAAAGCUGAUGUGGAAUUUAUCAACACUUGGCGGAGCAUAUUCAGCGAUGGGUGACUUUAACACAGACUACGCAAAGACAGCUGCCAAAAUAACAGCGCAUCAAAUUUCGCUCGCAAAAAAGUACGGAGACCCUGUAAUUCUUGCCCGUUGUUAUUUAUAUACUGCACUAGCGGAAGCCCAACUAGGACAUCUUACUCAAGCAGUGAGCAUUGUCAGAGCUGUUCGACAUUGGUCAAAGCAAAAUCCAAACACUGAUAUUGUGCAGAGAUGUUGUGAAGGUGUCUACCAAAAGCUUCGCGCUAUUCAUAUUUUCGGAAUCGCCGGUUCUAAUAAGUGA